CAUUUUACGACACCGUCCCAUCUCGGUAAAUAACGUUAAUUCCGAGAUUUGGUCCAAGCUACUUCCUUCUCCAGUUUGUGUAUUUUUUUAGGGAUUUUACCUUUUUCGCAUUGGGAUGUCUUGAUAGUGAUAACAAAAUAUAUUUUUCACUAGCAUGAACCUUCAGAGAUGGGUAACUGUUUCAGCACAGAAGAAAAACAACCAAAAUUUCCACCAUCUCAACAAGAAUUAAAUAGAUCCCAGUCCCAGACCCCGGUUUCUCCUUCCGGUGUCAAUGUAAGCCUUGAUCCUACCAGACCACUGCCGUCUACACCCAAAACCAAAGAUGCCCUUAUAGUGCGUGCCUUAUAUGACUUUGAAGCAAUCAAUGAUGAUGAUCUCAGCUUCAGGAAGGGAGAUAAGUUGGAAGUUGAUGAAGAAACCAGUCAAAACUCAGAUUGGUGGGUAGCACGGCAUCUGACAACGGGGGAGAAAGGUUACAUCCCUAGUAACUACGUGACGAAAGAUGAUAACUCCCCACAAUCUCAAGAUUGGUGGUAUAAUGUAGACAGGAAGGAAGCAGAUAAACAGCUGCUGUUGCCUGGCAACCCGACAGGAACUUUUCUCAUGAGAGAGGCCGGAGAUAAGGCGUCAUUUGUGCUAUCAGUGCGGGAUUUUGAUCCAAAGACCAAUGAUGCUUGUGUAAAACACUACAGAAUACGACGGUUAGAUAAUGGAGGAUUCUACAUCAGCCCGAAGAGAACAUUUGACAACAUGCUUGAUCUGAUCUUUCACUAUAGAAAUGCAGCUGAUGGUUUGUGCUGUAAGUUAGAGAUACCAUGUCCAAAGAUUAGGCCUCUUGUACAGUUUAGGGAACUAGAAGUAUCCAGGGAGUCUGUAAAACUUCUCAAGAAACUUGGUAGUGGUUGUUUUGGAGAGGUAUAUGCAGGUAAAUGGCGUAAUACAGUAGAUGUGGCUGUGAAAACUUUGAAGCAGGGUCAGAUGACAGCUGAUGAUUUCUUGGCAGAGGCAAAGCUUAUGCAUCAUUUACGACAUAAUAAACUGGUACAACUGAUGGCCGUAUGCACGAAAACGGAACCUAUAUGGAUUAUCACUGAGCUCAUGAUCAAUGGGGCCCUGCUAGAUUACUUACGCAAAGAUGAGGGCAAAAACUUGAACUUUAAUGCAUUAGCUGAUAUGGCGGGACAGAUAGCAGAUGGUAUGGCCUAUCUAGAGACAGAAAAUUUUGUACACAGAGAUCUUAGGGCUGCCAACAUUCUUGUCGGUGAACACAACGAAGUUAAAGUCGCAGAUUUUGGUCUAGCUAGGUUGAUUCAGGAAGAUAUAUAUGAAGCUCAUGAAAAUACAAAGUUCCCUAUUAAAUGGACAGCCCCUGAAGCAGCGUUUGACAGGAAAUUCAGUAUCAAGUCCGAUGUUUGGUCAUAUGGUGUAUUGUUGUAUGAACUUAUAACAUUUGGAAGGGUUCCAUAUCCUGGUAUGAAUGGACAUGAGGUCCUUAAUCGUGUUGAGAAAGGAUUCCGAAUGCCGAAACCAACAGGAGGGCCGGUUCCAUGCCCGGAACCGUACUACGACAUUAUGUUAAAAUGCUGGAACCGUGUGGCGGACAGUAGACCUACAUUUGCCUAUCUCCAAGAUUUCUUUAACAAUUACAUUGUAAAUGUAGAGGGAGAGUAUAGGGCUAUGGAAGAUUGAUGAUCAUGCAAUGAUGCAUAGGUUGUUUGUGACAUUAAAAAGACGGUGGAAAGGAAACUGGACAUCAAAAUCACUAAAUUUCUAUUUCCACUACUUUACGUUUCACACACACACUAAAACGUGACACUUUCAAUACUGUUAGAAACAGGGCUACAUAAUCACUUUAUUUAAAUUUCCACAUCAUUUAUUUUAAGAUUACAUAUACAGAAAAUGGGACAACAUAAAUAUUUCAUUUCUUAUACAUCAAAAGAAACAAAUAUGGGUGUGAUACUAUUUAUUACCUCAUGUGAAAUGAUAAUAGUUUGAUUGUGUUUAUCUGGUGAUUUUUUUUUUGUCAAAUUUAUUUGUAUUUUUUUAAGAAACUUUUACAUUCAACAAAUUCUGCAAUUUUUGUUUGAUGAACUCUGGGCAGGUAUAUUGUUAAAUUUUGAUAUAUAUUCCACAAAAAUGUAACAAGGAAAUGUAUAUUGUCACCUCAAUAAUGGGUUAUGUCCUUCUGAAUUUAAUAGGAGUUAACCAGUAAUUGCACUAGGUGACGAUAUGGCUUUUACUAGACCUGGAUGUGUUCUUAGAGCAGGUCUUAAAUAAAUGGACACAUUUUAAACAGAAUACUUGGUAUUCAUCUCUUGGAAUAUUUUUUUAUCUAUUUAUAUUGUUGAAAGAAAACUUUAAAUUAGAAUAUGUGUAUGAAACGAAAAAUCGCAUAUCACUUGUUGAAACUAAUUGUGUAGUUUCGUUAAAUAUAUUUUUAUAAGCUGAUAAUACAUGCAAACAAUUUCUUUAUGUUUUAACACUAAGUUGGUUUGUGUGAAAGUAUUCUAAAUGUGAAAUCAUAUCAUCCUCUUAAACCAGAUUUAUGUGCAAUUCUACUUCACAGCAAAUUCUCAUUUUUUCUUACUCAAUUUUCUUGCAAGGUUCUGUCGUUUUUGUAAUGUUUUCAAAGUCAUGGAUUGACAGAUUAGUAUUUUACUUUUUAUAUGUUACUUACAAGACCAGAUGACGUAGAGUAGGGGAACUGAAUCUUUAACUCUGUGAUUCCCUGGUGGUGAAUGAAUCUACCCACUCACGCCAUCUGAUCAUGGUCUGCACUGUUCUCCAUUCACUCAGUACUUAUUUUAUUUUUUUAUGAAAAUAAUUUCUCCAGAUGAAUGGCUUUGUCCAGAUUAACCCUUAACCUGCCUGAAUUGAAAGUGAUUAGUCUUAACCACCAGUAUAGAGCCAGGCCAGCCUGCACAUCCCUGCAGUCUUACCAGGCUCUAUAUUGUUGUUAGCUCAGUGGUAUUUUGAUAUUUGAAUAACUUAAAAAUUUGAAUGAACUUUUCCAUAUUCAUAGCAGGGCACGUUGAAAAACAGGCCUCUGCCAUCUGUAUACAGUCAGGCUUGCCUGCUUAUCCAUGUACACUUCUUGCUGGUCUAGUUUAUAUAUUUUUGUUAUGAAAUCUCUGAAUAAAAAUAAUGGAGAGCUCCAUUUUACAUGCAGUACCAUUCCAUUGAACAAAUGCAACAAGAGUGUUAAAAGCAGUUGAAAAACUAUAAAUUGUUAGUUUUCUUAUAUUGAAAGAACAAGAUAGAAAAGUGUGUUUGUUUAGAUAUGCCUAGAAAUAUUCAUUUACCAAACUUUUGUUUGUUCGAAAUGUUGUAUUAUUUUACUGUUUUGAUAUAUAUAGACAGAAGCAAGAAUUUCAUUAAGUGUUUGAAUUUAGAAUUUUUGAAGAUUUGAAUCAGGUUUAAACAGAGUCAUUUAGACUUUCAUUAAGAUUUUCACAGUUCACCAUUUGUUGUAACCCCAAAGCCUCAGUAUGUUCACCCUCAUUGAUCAGUAUGGUGAAGGGCAAUCAUUGAACAAAUCUUAUUAUGUUUAAUUUAUAACCAUCAAUUUGAUUGGUUCUCAACAGGUUUCAUUUUACAACCAUCAUUUUGAUUGGUUCUCAACAUGUUUCAUUUUGUAACCGCCAAUUUGAUUGGUCCUCAACAUGUUUCAUUUUGUAGCAAUCAAUUUGAUUGUACCUCAACAUGUUUCAUUUUGAAACCAUCAAUUUGAUUGGUCCUCAAUAUACUUCAUUUUGUAACCAUCUGUGUGAUUGGUCAUCAUCUUUUAUUUGUGCUGAAAUCAUUCUUAACCCUUUGCCUGCUAGAACCAUAAGUGAUUGGCCUUAGUCACCAGUUUAAUGCGAGGUAAACCUUGCUCUUGACUCUUGGUAGUUCAGUUGAUUUUUCAUAUUGAAAAUACCUGAACCUGUUCCAGAUUUGAAACUGGGCAAAUCCAUUUUGUAAUAUCUGCAAUUAUUUUUUGAGCACCAUAAAAUCUUUUGUUGUUGUUGAAGUUUUUCUAAAAUACCAUCUAUAUUUUAUAAGUAUGAAAUUUAUAAAAAAAAAAUUCUCCAUGUUUGUCAUUUAAAUGAAUAUCUCUUUUUACAUGUAAGUCUUAAGACAAUGUUAUUAUGAAUGAAAAAAAAAACACAACAAAAUGAGGUUUAUAUUAUUCAAUAGGUAAAAAAAUCAGUAUUUUUGUUAAGAUAAACUGUAAUAUUGUAAAUCAAUCUUAUUAUAUCAGACUGCAAUGUGUUUUGUUUAUCUUUUCUUUUCUUUUUUGAAGUUUACAAAAUAUCAACAUAAGGUUCUUAAAAUAGACACCAGUCCUGUUCAUUUACAUGUCUAGGUACUACAAGUUGGUUCAGUUGGAAAAUUGUUGUCAAAAAUCAAAUUGUAUACAUAUAAUUUGGGUAUGCUGGUGACAGCAGUUUCUACUCAUGUGACCAGUGUAGACCAAGAUCAGACAGCACUGUUCUCUAUUACUCCAUAAUUGUUUUGAAAUAUUCCCUUAAAAGUGAUGAAUGGUUUUGUCAGGAUUGAAAGAUGGUCAAGUCCAUUUCAGAUAUUUAGUGUGGUUAGGGUUAUUGGGUCUUUGUCUAUCCAAUGGAAUGUUUUGGUUUCUAAACAUACCUGAAAAUUAAACAAGUUAUGUUAAAUGACUUGACUGAUAUUUAGAUUAAAUAUCAUUAACUGAAUCAUGUUUAAAAUCACAGUACAUUUAAAUAGGGUCUGUGUAAAGUCAUAAUGGAAAUAAUUUAAAAUUUCUCAUAUUUUCAUCUUUUAUGUUUUAUAUUCUAAUAAGAUCAAAAGAUUUCAGUUUAGUCUAUUCUCUGAGUUGUAGAAUUUUUUAAAGAUUUUAGAUGGAAAUCUUUAAUAAUGUUUUCCAAAGUAGUAUCUUUUUAGUUUGACUAAUUUGACUAAUUCUUUGCUUCAUCAGUGCUGAGGUAUUGAACUGCAGUAACUGAAUACACAGAACAAAUAAUGUAAUUUUGAAUCUGCUGUAAGUAGUAGAAUGCUUAUCAUAUAAAUGCUUUAUAUACAUGUAUGUAAUUUAUACAGCAUCUGUUUCUCAUAAUAAAUUGAUCAAUUCUUUUAGAUUAGUGUGAACAUUUGUAAAUCUGUUAUGAGAAAUGCAAGUGGCUGUUUUUUUCUUUUAUAUUACAUGUUGACUGUUGCCUUUUUAACUAAAACAUAUCUCUUUAUAUGAUCAUUCCAAGUUAUAAUUUUGUACAGUUAUAUGAUUAUUAAUAUGUAUAUUGAAAACAUUCCUUGUAAAAUUUAUCAUUUUUAUAUAGACAUUUAAAUAUAUAUAUAUAACACUGGGA